UUGUUUCUAGAGUCAGAUCAUCUAUGUUCUGUACUACGCCCAUUCUCUUUGACAGGAAGUUUGAAAUAGUUCAAGGCUAGAUCGGACCCUCUAUUAUUAUUUUUUUUUCAUGGCUAGACUAAACAUAACAUACACAGCUGAUUGUGUCACUACUAUAAAACUAUCAUUUUUGCAAUACAACUCCCAGAAGAUGUCAGCUGACUCCCCAAGACGAUCAGGCGGUCGCAUGGCACGCCAUGGUGGGGGGUCUGUCUGUGGGAGUGGAGGAGGUCAAAUAGUUGCUCCUCAAACAGUAACGGAUCCUUCCAUCAUUGACAGUGUCACUGGAUUUAUUAAUGAUGUUGUUCCACAGGCUUACACCAGUACACUGCCUGGGGAUUGUAAAGAAACAAUAACAUGGGCCCGUUUUGAGACAGCUGACAUCAAUGACCCAGCCUUCUUCCCAGACAGUACUUCUGACACAGUGCUGCCUCUUAUUCUUAUUUUAGGUUACAAUACUGGAGUGCAGGUAUGGGCAAUCCCUGCUAAUGGGGAAGCAACUGAGGUUCUAUCUUGGAGUCAAGGCAGUGUGCGCACCCUUCGCAUUUUGCCUAGCCCAACAUCAAAUGUAGCAAGUAGUUCUGAUUCAUAUGUUAUGAAAAGACCAUUAGUAGCCAUAUGUGAUAGCGCUGGCCCAGGGCCCCCUUUCUGCUCUGUUAGUUUUAUCUCUUUGAAAACUGGUGAUCAGGUUAAAAGUAUCAAAUUUAAAAAUCCUGUGUGUGAUGUGCAUGCAAACCGACGAUCUGUCAUAGUCACAUUUCCAGAGCGUAUCGCUGUGUUUGAUGCAUGUACUCUCGAAGAUCGUCUUAGCAUUACCUCUUGCUAUCUUAGUCCCGGUCCUAAUUCAAAUCCAGUUGCAAUCGGCUCGCGCUGGCUCGCCUUUGCUGAAAAGAAACUGGUUGCUUGGAAAAGGAGCUCUGGGGGUGUUGGAGGUGGAGGAGCUCAGUCAUACACUGCUACAGUGUUGCAUGCAGCCCAAACAUUGGGGAGGGGGUUACGUGGACUGAGUGAAUCAGUAGCCAGCAGUUUAACUGGUCCACGAAGUCACUCUGCAGCUCAAGUGGGUAUUCUGGGAAGCUCUCCCCCAACAAUGAAUGGAACGGACCAUAGCUCACCAGGUGUUGUAACCGUUUUGGACUUAGAGGCUUCUUCCAAUCGCUUCAAUAGUGCUGAUGAUGUUCAUUCUGGAAACUCAAUAAGUGCUGAAGGAGUCAUUGCUCACUUCAUAGCUCACAAUGAAGCUAUUGUGGCCUUAGAAUUCGAUCCCAGUGGCACAUUGCUGUUGACAGCAGACAAGCGUGGGCAUGAUUUUCAUGUUUUCCGACUUCAGCCUCAUCCUGGAGGCUCAUCUCUGUCUGCUGUCCAUCACUUAUAUGUUCUGCAUAGGGGCGACACAACAGCAAAGGUUCAAAAUGUUGCCUUUUCCUGUGAUUCCCGUUGGGUGGCUGUGAGCACAAUGCGUGGUACAACUCAUGUCUUUCCUUUAACUCCCUAUGGAGGGCCAGUGGGCUUCCGAACUCAUGGCUCCCCUCUUGUUGUGAAUCGAUUGAGCCGCUUCCAUCGAAGUGCAGGUCUUAGUGCUGAUGGCAGAAGUAGCCCAGUACCAAGUCCAGAAACUCCACCUUGUCUUCCUGCAGGACCACAUGCGAAUCCUCGUCUGCCCCCAUAUCCUCAUCCCUUUGUGCAAUCUCCCUUAGCUCAACUCCGCCAAUCCCCUCACCCUCCUUUAGCACCUGGUGGAACUCUUGAUUUAUCUCUCAAGGUCUGUGCCACGUUUGCUUUACCCCGAGCAUGGCUGUUGGAUUCCCAAACAGCGCAUCCACGGGAUGGUCCCAGAGACUCUACUCGAGUGCAAAGACGUCCUGUUGAGUCCCUCUUUGUCAUGGCACAUCAUGGAAAUCUUGUUCAGUAUGACCUAGACCCUAAAGCAGUUACAUCUGAUCCAAGGGAGAAAAUCUGUGAUGACACAAAAAUUGAGUUGGAUGUGGAGGCUAAGGCCCAAUGGCCUCUUCAAAGGUCAUCUCAUUCCUCAGAAGUUCUUCCUCCUCUACCAUCUUCUAACAUUCUUUUGUGUGGCCCUGAACUGCGCAUGCCUUCCUGUGAGUCAGAAAGUAAUGGUCAAGUAGAAGAACGUUGGCUUUCUCAAGUGGAGAUUGUUACACAUGCUGGCCCACACAGGCGCCUGUGGAUGGGACCACAGAUCACUUUCAAAACACUUCUUCCAACUACUACAUUUGGGCCGAAUGUAUCAAUGCAGGAUGUUGAAGCUGUUGAAGUUGGAACUAUUCCUGUAUCCCGGCCAGCGCGUUCAAACCCUGUGAAUAUGCCCUCAGGAGGUAGACCUGUUGUUCCUGUCUUGAUAGAAUCUGGAUCUGGCAGUAGUCUAGAGCAGUCACCACAUCUGCUGGAAGUAUAUGGUGCUGAUUCUGGUGAAUCUGAACAUUGGGGAAGCCAUGGAGAUUCAAGGUUGCGGGAAGAUUUAGCCGAUGCCAUGCUUGAGAGUCCAGGCGCACCUUCACGAGAAAAAGGGAAAAGAAGAUACUGUGGUCUUGUAGGAGGAGGAGGAGAAGGUGGAGGUGGAGAUGGGGUGGGGGAGGGAAGGGGCACUUGCCCGGUCCGACGUGUGGUGAACCCCGGUGGGGCUGAGAUCACGAUGAGGUCGAGGUCGGGCUCGGGCUGCGAGGAGUCAGACGUGGACCUCGCGGUUCCCAUCCCAAUCCCCCUCUCAGACCAAGUCUCAGACCAGCCCCAGCUGGCUGCACACCACUGGGAGGCCAUUGCGAUCCCUGCCUCUGCGCCACUGAUCCCCGUCCCCCACGACCCCGCCCCAGACUCAGCACCUCAUCGGCUGCUCGUCACCACAAUUGCUGCAGCACCAAUGCAGAGGCAGUCUACGCAGCUGGCCCAGCACGUCUCUGAGUGCUCCACUCCUCCGUUUGCAGAGAAGACCAGCACGGCCUGCAGUCCAAAAGCAUCAGAUGAGUUUGUUAAGAAAGGUGCCCCUGGUGGUAUUGCUAGAAAGGAUAAAAUUGUAUCUGAAAAGGAGCGUUGUGGUAGGAGAGGUAGCGAUGAUGCUAGUGUAGGUAAGAAAAAGGCUACACCUGAGAGAGAAACACCAUGUAGUAAGGAAGCCAGUAAAGUUAAGGCUGAGGGGGCAAUGAAAUAUGAGAAUGGAAAAGGUUCUGAGGUGAAUGAUCCAUCAAUAUCUCGUAAAAAGAGUAAAAAGAAUGCUGCUGCAGUGAAAGAACUAGAUUCAUGUCCAAAUUAUGCAAAUAUUCAAGAUUUGAAUUGUAUUCAGGUUGAUGAUGUAAUGUCGGUAGAUACUAAUACUACCAAAAAGGAAACAGAUAUUGUAAACAGCUCUGGAGCUUUGCAAGGGAUUUCAGGUAAAAAAGGGAGAAAAAGUUGUAGCACUCAGGAAAUUAUAGUAGAUGAUAGUGUUGCUCCUGCAACAAAAACAUCUAGAAAAUCUGUUUCUCCUCAGAAAGAAGAAGUAAGUGAAAAAAAUCUAAAGAGGUCUUGCAUUACUCCUGAAAAAGAGGUACUUAAUGAUAGAAAUGCAAAGAGGUCCUCCAUUACUCCGGAGAAAGAAGAACUGGAUGAAUCCUCCUCUGUCCUCACUAAAAAGAACAAGAAAAGGACAACAAUGUUAUCAAAAGAUGUUGUGAAACAGUGUGAAAAUGUUCCAAAUGCUGAAAAUUUUGAAGCCAAAUUAGAACCAGAUAAUUCUAUUUCAACAAAUGUUGAGACUGAAAUUGUGUUUGCUCAAGAGGCAGAUACUGAUUUUAGCCUAAAGGAUACUGUUACAAAUUGUGAGUUGGAGAAAGGAUUUGCUUGCUUGCAAUCAGAUUCAACUUCUCCAUUGGAUGAACAAUUAUCUGAAGUAAAAUCAGAUAUUGAAUUUGUCAUCUCAAACAAAGAUGAUAAAGAGGAAAUUUCCAUCGCUAAAGCAAUCCCACAAACUCAAAAACUUUCAAAAAGUGCCAGAAGAGCGUUACGAGCUCAGCAGAUUUUGGAAGCAGAGCUUGCAUCUAAAAAUGAUUUAGAAAGUUGCGGCGAUGUUAAGGUUGUUAGUAAUUUGGAUAUUGAGGUAUCCAUCAAUUCAGUUUGUAUGAAAGAUGACAUUGUGUCUGAAGAACCAGUAGUUCUCCCGGACACAAAGGAUAUUAGUGUCCCAAAGACUAAGAGGGGCAAUAAACUCAAAGAAUCUGACAAUAUUGCUAGUGAUAAGUGUGAGUCAGUGGAAUCUGUUCCUGCUGUUCAAAAACAUUUAGAGGAGGCUGCUUUAGAUAUCCAUUGUGAGAAAGCUACUGAUCAAAAUAAGAGGGAUGCCCAGUUGUCUGUUGAAGGUUCCUACACAAAGGAAAGUUUAGAUGGCAUGUCCAUUGAUGUCUCCGCAAAGAAUGGAAAGAAGGGGUUAAAAUCUACUAAAUCCAAGAGUACUGAAAAUGAAAGUAAAAUACAAACAUCUGAGCCAAUCCCACCUGAAUGUAUUGAUACCAACGUGUGGAAAUUAAAAAGUAGUUCUGAGCUACAAAAAAAUGCAGAAAAUUUCCCUGCUCUUUCAACUAAAAACUCAAAGAAAGCUUGGGGGAAUACUAGUAAUGAGGUUGAUAAGUCAGAUGAAGUGGAUCAAGCAUUGUCAUGUCUCUCAGAAAAAUCUGAAAAAAGUGUGAAGGAUUUGGAAAAGAGGAAUUCUUUUCCAACUAUAGACAUGAACCCAGUCAAGCCUAAAAGAGGGUGGGAAAUGCCAAAUAGUAGUGUUCCCUCCUCUGAAAUGGAUGUUGAUAAACUCUCGUUUGAAGAUCUUGAGGCAAUUGUUGAUGCCGCAUGCAAAGAGGAAGAAUCAAAGAUAGAUCAGACAUGUUUGAAGGAAAAUAAGAAAGGGAAAAAAAGUGAUCUCAGUACUGUAACUCCUCCAAAGACCAAAGGAAAAGAGAAUGUUGAGGAAGAAAUUGUGAAAGAUUCAGGACAUUGUGUAGAUAAAAUUGAAGUCAUAGAUGUACCUAAGCCUCAAGAAGAGUUAAUCAAACAAGAUGAACCUGUGAAAUCCCCUGAGAAACCUCUUUCCACUCCUAACAGGAGUUCAAAAGCUCACAGAAAAAAACGCAGGUAGAGGGAAUGACGAAUGACGUUUUUGUUCUAGACCUACUAAGUAGCUUAUCUUUCAUUUCAUGCAUAGCAAGAUGAACUUUAUACACAAAAACAAAUAAAAAAUGAUGAUGUUUGGAAGUAUAGGUAUGUGUUGAGCUUCCAGCAAUUACCAUUUUAAAAUUUUUUAGAUUGGUGUAACAAACAAAAAACUACAGAUAUAAUGGUAGUGUGUGAUGUUUGUGCUAAAAGUCUGCCACUCUAUAGUAGAAUGGAUGGAGUAUUCUCUGUUCUGCUGCAGUAGUUUGGUUGCUUGUGUUCUUUUACUUGCCCCCUAAGUAAUGUUGAAGCAUUACUCUUCUUCGUUAGCUAAGCAUAGUGUUAGCUGAUUGGUGUACCAGAUUUUUUACAAUUUCACUCUCUGCAUAGAAGGUCUACAUGUCGAUUUUCAAUGUAGUUUGGUACUGGAGACUGCUUACACUACCUAGCGCUUACUGUUAGCUUAGACCUUUUAUUAAUUUUAUGUUCUCUUGGAUCCUGGUUCCUUUGUAAAAUUAAAUUUACUUGGAUUUUUCAUGGACCUCAUAUCAAGUUUAUUUGUUUCAAGAUGAAUUGAGGUUUAAUAAAUCCUAAAAGUAGAAAAUAGAUUUCAACAAGGUUUUUUUUUUUUAUCACAGCAGAUUUUGAAUUUUAUUAUGUAAGAGCAGAUUUCGAUCUCGUAUACAACAUGUUGAGUUGUUGGAUAUUCAUAUACUUAUGAGAUUUUUUUGUAUUGUAUACAGGGUUGUAGGCAUAAGCAAGAUGUAAGGUAUAUGUGGAAAAAGCUUAUGUAUCAAGUGUGAAAAAAUAUCUGGAUUUAGUGUUUCAGUUUUCUUAAACCCAGGCCUCAUUGGUCAGUAUCAAGACUGGUUUGGCAAAUUUUUUGCCAAUCGUGAUAUGGGUUUGAUAACUUUCAAUACAAAAGUCUACAGUUGUUCUUCAUACUGUACUCUUUUCCAAAGUUUUCAUUUAUUGGCACUUAGGAAUUUUUAAAGAUACACACUGUGUUGAGCUUGAUUGACGUUUAAAAUUAACUCCUAUGGGCUAGUACUCAUUGCAAGUAAGCCAUUAUAUGUAUUUGAAAUUAUUUUUCUUAAUAUUGUACGGAAAUCAUGGUUGUGUGGGCGAUGGAUUUUAAGAGUUUGGUGGAAAUCAAAUGAUAUCAAAGCAGUUAGCUCUGCUUGAGCUGAAGAAGUCUGUUUUUGCAUGAUGUUGUUGGUAAUGAGUUAAUGAAAGCAAUAGAACUUUUAACCAGCCUCAAUACUUUGUUUUAAGGAGAGGAAACUUCUCACUUUAUUGUUGACUUUAACCAUGUUGGUUAUUCGGAAUUAGAGACCAUUAUGACUUACAUUUUACUGCAAAAAUUACUUUAAAUACCGAGGAUAUGUGUCUGUCCAGAUAGCAAUGAAAUACUCUUAGUUUUCUUGUUUUCUUAUUUUCAAUUUUUAUAAUUUCAGUAUUUUAUAUUUCAAUUGAACAUUCAUUUUAAAGACAUCUUCAGUACGUCAUAUGAUAAGUUUUACGGCUUUGGCCAUUACAUCAAUUCUUAUUUUAUCUAUUCAUUAGGAGUAUCUGAAGUUGUCUUUUCCUUGUACCUUGAGUGCCUGUUGUUUUAACAGUAUUCUAUCUAUGUGAGUGUUCUUAUAGCUAUUUAAAUGCUUUCUAUGAAAGCAGCUUGCAAAUCAGAUCCUCACAACUUUUUUUGUGGUUUUACGUACAAGUAGAGAAAUCACAUUUUUAUUUCCAAUUCGUUUUUAUUUUUAUCUGGUUGUAAGUGCAGUGACCUUAAUGUUUUGUUUGCCAAGGUGCUUGCAACUUUCUUGGGAAAUUACUGGUAGAUGAUAAUCUGAAAAAUGUGUCACCUUAGAAGUUUUAACAAUUCACAAAUUUGAAUAUAAAGUAUAUUUUUUAUUAGCAAUUAAGUUAUAAAAAUCAAAUACUCUCUGGAAUCAUUUUUUUUUUAGGAGCACUUUGUAGAAUUUUUGUGUCUAACAUGCAGCAUGCUCUUUUUAACUAUAUGACCAUAUGUGUGACACAUUGUCUUUUUUUAUGGUAGGAAAAAGAAAAGCCUUACUUUGAGGAUGGGGUUGUGUAUUCAGUGUUGUGUCAAACAUUAGUAACCCUAGCCUUUUAAUUCUUAAACAGUAAUUUUCAAAAUUUGAGCUUUUUGCGUUUUGUAAUUCUUUUCAGUCAUAGAUGAUUUGAAUUUAAGUACCUACUAUAAGCAGUCUUCAAGUAGGAAGAUUUUUCUUUCAGACUGUGUUCAGCCAAAGAAAUGUAAAAACUAAGACAAAAAAAUAUUAAAAUCUCAAAAGCCACUAAACAUGCAUGCUUUCAUGUUUUUUUUUCUCUAAAGGUAUUCUGGUAGACUUGGGUGUCAUUAAUUGUACUUGGUGCACUAACUUACUGUAAUACCAUAAUACUUUUGUGCAACAUGCCAGUUUAUUUAUUGCAGUUGGUUUUAUUGGUAUAAGUUUAACAUUAUUAGCAGAAAAUAGACAAGUAAGAAAAGUUACCCAAACAGGAAAAAAAAUGUAUGCCAUACUUUAAGAUUACAGCUAGCUUGCUAAUUUUGCUUUUAUUUUCUUUGUCAAUUGCGGUGUUUGUGUUUUUACCAGUUACUGGCAACUACAUAUCAUGAAACAAUCUAAUAGCCUGCUACAUAUGGCUUGAGAUGAUUUUAAUGUUUUUUGAAAGUUAAGCCAAGUAAAGGCCGAGGAAUACUGAAAUGUUGGCCUCACGAACAGAAUUUGUAUAGCUCAUGAAUUUGUCAUGAUUUUCUUUUAAAGUUUGUUGUGUUUAUCCUCUGACUGUGUUGAAAAAAUUAUGUACCGUAUUCUCUUUGUAUAAGGUGAUGUGUAUUUUACUCCUCUGUAAGUACCACCAUUGUCAUGCUUUUCAUAAUCUAGAUCAGAAAAAUGGAUACAUAAAGAUGUACAAAGGACACCUAAAAUGAAUGGAGAAAACUUUUGGUAUGACAGUGUGCUAAAUGACGGUGCAUUGCUUGUAUGUCAGUCACGGGUUAUUGUCUAUGUUUGUAUUUUGUGUUGUGAGUGCUGAUCCCGUAUCACUUAUCAACUUUGAAUGGUACAUGUGCGAAAAUAGCUACUCACUUAAACUUUUAGUCAAAAUAAUAUCUCACCUAUAUCCUGUCACUUUUCUUCUUUUGAACCUAUAAAGAUACAUAAUUAAUUUUAGUAUGGUGGAAAUUCCUGGCCUAAUAUUUUGGUUUUAUUACACCUUUGAAAUUGAGUUAUUGUAAGGUGCAUUAGAUUCAGUGGAAACAUCAAUGUAAUGGUAAUCUAAUCUUUUAGGCAAAACGUCUUAAACAUUACUGAUUUCUUUACUGUGUUUUUGGCUGAAAAAACUUUGUAAAAGUCCUGCUUGGGUUUACCCAACCUCCUAUCACCAGGCAGAUAACACUGAAAUUUCGUCUAAAUAAAGACAUGCCUGGUGUUGAGCAUUUUUGGAGAUGUAAACCCAAUAUUGUGUUGUACACUUAUAUGCAAAUACAUUUAUUUUUUAUAUGGAA